AUGCCGAAUCCGUCAUACGAGUCCCAGAUGCUGAACGCCAGCCCUGCCGGCUCUGCCGACCAAGUCAUCAGGCCGCCGGUCAGUCCAUUGUUACGACUUCCGACGGAGCUGCAGAUAGAAAUUGGUCGCCAUUUGCCUCUCGCGUCACACUUGAUCUACCACUUUCAAGUGUGUCGCGCCUUGCGCAUGCUGAUGACACGACCUGGUCUCAUCUUUACAGGAGGCCAUGGCUACUGGUCUCUGACCGAAUGGCUGGUAGCCGCCUCUGAGCUGCAACAGAUCUUCGCACACCGGGUGGGGCCGGUGAAAGAGGCAGGCGACCAGUUGCCUUUGCCCUCACAGAGUCCACUGGGGGGCAAGGAGUACAAGGUCGCUGUGACCACAACCUCUGAAGGCGACAGGCACAGCGAUCUUGCCACCUUGGCUCUCGACUUUCUAGGCCUGACUCGUGGUAUACGAUCAAAGGAUAGAUGCGCCGUCGAAGCAUGUCGUGCACCAUUAUCGAUCCAGACUCUGCCUCAACCAGCGAGACCGAUUCGAGCCCUAAGCUUCGUCGGAUCUCGCGGAGUCACCGGCGAAGUUGUAUCCAGUCUACUAACCUCUCCGCUUCUGUCAUGCGUAAGAACUGUCCUCAAGACAGACCAUCACGAUAUUGACAGCUCAUCAUGUAAGUGUGGGCCAAAGUCCGUCUGCUACUUCGCGUGUUGUUGCUGACGCGGUCCAAUGCUCGAGCCGUCAUCAAGUCCUAUACGCAUGCAGUCCGUGGUAUCAACGUCGUGUGCCUACUGCUCUUUUGGCAAGCACGAUAUCAGAUGACGAAUUCCGCUUUGCAUUGGGUGCGCCGAUGGUGGAUGCGUCUCGAGUCGUCGGGUUAUCGUCAAAGGCAAGGAGGAUCUUUGGCAAGCUUGGGCGAGAUACACGCCCUAGGGACCGUCUUGAGCGGCUGUCUCGUACUCUCUGUACGCGAGAUAGUCGCGACGCUCUCCAGCUUGACGGCCUAGAUCAAUUCCCCGAACGAAGCCGAGCCCGCUUGUCGCUCGACAUAUGUAAUCGCACGCCGCAAAGCGUGUACGCGGUCAAGACUCAGGCCGUGGUGGAGAUGGGAAGCGAGGCACCAAGCUGGAUGCACAUCAAGGGCCGUGGGUUGCAAGCAGGAUACUCUGCCCUUUGUUUUGCGGCAGAACACGUCUACUGGGCUGCUCAAAGACGCUGCGAGUCGGAUGAGCGCCCCGAAGCGUGGAAAUCUUUCGAGCUUACGGAGGAGAUCGAACAGGAGCUUUUGCAGGAGCUCGACGGACCGCUUCACGUCAUUCUGCACGGAUCUGAGGAUGAACAAGGGGCGCUAGACUUGGAAAAGGCCCUACUGUACAGCAAGAUUCGUUGCGUCCACUGCCAUCGACCCAUCAUCUGGGAAUGA